AUUGUUAGGCAUGUCCCUUUAAUAUUGACAAUGCAGCAGGUUGUGCAGUUAUUGUGAAAUUCAGUAAGUUUUGUGUUUAUGCUUUUGAAAUUAAUAUAAUAGAUGAAGGCGUAUCUCUGCUCUGAAUCAGGAAGUUGGUGUCUACUUUUUAAUCUCUGUGCUUAUUUUGUUUCUUGUUAAAGUGUCACAUAACAGGAUUUUAGUGGACGUAAUUCUUCAUGCAGUCUACAGCAGAGAUUAUAAACAUUUUUAGGGAGGACUUCAUUGUUUUAAGUUUUCUUAAGGCUUCCAAGCUGACACAUGCUGCAGAUAGAGAUGGGAACAUAAUUGUAAAUAAUUGAUGAAGACACAAGAAAAUAUUAAUGAUGAAUGGAAUGGACAUGUGUAUAAAGACUGUGAAGACACUGUGUAUAGUCCUGUUUGCACUUUGCUUGUUGGGAAUUGAGGUGUCAGCCGGAAAAUGUUUUGCAAUGUCACCUAAUUAUGACGUGUGGCUUUUGGCUGGUAGUGAUCUACAGCUCAAUUGCUCCCUGAGGGUGCAGAGUAAUGGUACUGACUGUGUCCAGGAUUAUAGUGUGAACAAAACAAGGAUAAACAAGGGAAACCAGGAUCUUCCAGCAGAUAUAUUUGAUUACCAUGUUGAGGAGAAAACUUUGGCGAUGACAAUUCGGCAUGUUACUGUGAAUGAUUCGGGGACUUAUAUUUGUCGCUAUGGUGACACAGAUUUAGUUCAAGCGUUUCGACCAGUACAUAUUGGAGAAGCACCAGGAGAGCCUAACCUGACUUGUGUUUCAAAGAAUUUGAACAACUUAAGAUGCUCAUUUUCGUUGAGUCGGCAGCCUGUCAACAUACUUAUUGAUUGGACAAUGGAAUACAGAAUGGGUUGGGGUACCAGUGAAGUGAAUUGUUUCAGUAAUUCUGACUCGGUCAUCAUAUGUGAACCUUGCCCAGAAGAUAUUUGGGCUUCUUACCACACAUAUACGAUUUUUGUAGAAGGUGUAAAUGAAACCUAUGGUGUGCAAGUGAAUAAAACCUUCACAGUUAAAACAAAUGAGUCUAUAGUGAAACCCAACCCAGUGGCUAAGCUAGGAUUUUACAAUGAAAGCAGUAAUGUUCAGUUGUAUUGGGAUGGUCCAAGGGGUCUUACCUACAAGUCAGAGGUGAAUUUUGCUAUGGACUAUAAGGUUACAGUCACAUCCAAGUGGGAUAAUAGAACUGAAAUGAUAAGAAAUGCAUUAGAAUCACAUAAAGUGUUCAAUCUGACAGACUUCAUACCAUUUGCCAACUACUCUGUCAUGGUCCAGGCAAAACCGACAGCUGCUCGUAGAGAUAUAUACUGGAGUAGUGGAAGCACUGUAAAUUUUGAAACACCAAACACAGUAUCAGAGCAUUCAGUAUCCAUGGCAACUGGAUCUUACUUGAUGUUAGACUGUGGACAGCAUGUAAUGUGCCCUAUAAUAUACUGGAAGAACCCAGCAAGGAAGUUUUGGAAUGGACCUAUCACAGGUUAUAAAGUUAUUGUUGAGGAGUUUGAACUCAGUGAGACUGUGGUGCUUGGACACAUUAAUAAAAGGCAUAUUGGAAACGAGCCGGCAUAUAGGCUGAAACGUGUAAUAAAACCUUCCUCAGAGAAUAUAACCGGGAUGUCAGUGUCUGGAGCAUUGACAACCACCAUGAUGAGGAAUGAAGAUUACAGGGUUGAGAUAAUGUUGAUCAACAGUGAGGGUGUGUCAGCCAGUAGCAGUGAAUUACUGAUUCCAAACUGGACCAAAGGUCAAAUGCUUAAACCUGUGUGGAUAUCAGUGGAGAUGGAUGAUUCAUCAGUGUACAUCUCCUGGUAUAUAGAUCCCAAGUAUUGUGCUGGAAUUACUACUGUUUCAUAUUACUGGUGCUUAUUGGAUGCUGAUAAACCCUUUAACAGUACUUUUGUUUCUUGCAAAGAGAACUUUGACUGGUUAACGUUCAACAUUACAAAUGGUUGUGGAAAUGAGACUGCUCACAAGAUAGGGAAAUCACAUGACUACUCUGAUGUAAAAUAUGCUGUUUCAGUAGAGACUGAUGGAGUCAGUGGUGGACUGAUGUGGGAAAAAUUUCGCUUCAAUAAACAAGAUGUUCCAGAGAAGCCGCUGUACAGUGUCAACUCUGAAGGUACUAGUUUGAUCAUUGAGAUUCUAUAUGCGGUGUACUACAACAGUGAAGGUGGAAGACCCGAACAGUACUCAGUUGUAUACAGUGAAUGUCUGCAGGGGAUGGGCUGUUAUUCAGGUGGAGGUGUUAAAAAGAAAUUUAUGGCAAACUUCACAAAGCCAGUUUACACGAUUAAUGACUUGAAGCCUGGUUCCCAAUACAGCGUUUAUGUAACAUCUGAGAAUAGAUUUGGAAAAAGCGUAGAUGGUGAACUGAUAAUUAGAAAUAUAUCUAAAGUUACAGGGCUUCCAAAUGCUGGUGAUUCCUCCAACCUUGCAGUAGUUUUGGGAUCAGUUUUUGGAUCACUUUUUCUGAUAGUUAUUGUUGGUGUGUUGAUAAUUCUGUGCAGAAAAAAACACAAUCAGUGGACUGCCGGUGCCAAAAUAGAAAUACCAGAUAUGGAUGAAGCAGCUAUGUUGAAUGGUUCCUAUACUAGAACAGACUCUGAAAAAGAUAUAAAGAAGUUGUCAGAUGACCACGAUAGUGGUAAAGGUUCAGACAGUCCAGCUUCCAGUCUUGGUCAAAUAGAUCCUCUACACCAGCAAAAUGAAGUGAUAGAAAGUGUGGAUGAUCAGCCCCAUGAAACAAGUUCAACAAAUACAGAUGGUGGCAGUGAUAAACAACAUCCUGCUCUAGAUCAACAGGAAAUGUCCCCUACUCUGUUUGGAUACCGUAACAAUGUUUUUGGGGGUUCCAGCAAUGGUCAGUGCACAGUGGAAAUAUCUGAUGAUGAAAGUGAUGAAGAAUCUGAAAUAUCCGAGGAAAACAAGGUUAAUAAACUGAACAGUAUUAAUGAGAAAAAUAGCAAUGAUCUGUCUGCUGAUUGUGAUAAACUAAGUAAGGAUUAUAGCAAAGCAGCUAUUCCUGAAAAUCAAAAUGGAGAAGAUGUAACUAGCACAAAUUCAGCCAAUGAAAGGCACGAAAGUGAUGAAAGCUCAAGAGAUAAGCUAAUUGUAUUGUCAGUGUUUGAACUUACAGAGCAGGAAGAAGAUAAAAAUACUGAAUUGAUACAUUUUGACCAAGCAUUAAUUAAUGACAAAGAUUCCUUUGGAAAUGAGAAUGUAAUGAGCGAUAAAUCUGAAAAUAGUGCCAAUCCUGAAGAUAUUGAGAAAGAGCAUUUAGUAAUAGAUGAAAAUUUAGAGGGUUUAGAUUCAGAUGGACACGAACUCAAAGCAUUUUCUGAUCUUGAUGAAAAUGUUGAAGAUUCAUGGGAUAGUCCUUACAAAAAUCCAGAUCAGAUUUCUUUAGGGGAUGGAUCAACAGUCAGUGAUGUUUCUGACUCUGAGAGUACGAACUCAGAUGACUUAAGUGACAAAAUUGAAGACAAAGAAUCAGAAAUGUGUGAAACAAAUGACAUUGGAGAAGAUAAAGGGAAAGUGGAUAGUGAAGUAGAAGGUGAUGAUAGAAUGAUGACUUGUGAAGUGAAACAGGAUAAUGCAGGGGUUGGCGAGAAAUUGCAUGAUGUUGUUUUAAAUAAUUUAGUCAAAGAUACAGCAAAGGAAGAUGAUUUAAAGUAUUCAGGUAACACUGGGCAUAAUGAAAUUAUGUCGGAGGAAAUCAAGAGUACAAGUGGACCUGCAAGUCUAGAGUCAUAUAUUCGUUAUGAAAGCAAUGGCUUUGUAAAAUCCCCAAAGUAUAAUAAUGAAGGUUUGAAGAAGGUAGAAACCUUAAAGCUUUCACAAAAGCCUAAAACUUCUGAUAUAGCUUCUGGUAUGAAUAAAGAGGAUACUCAGAUGUCCAAGUUUUGAGUAUAGUUGUAUAUAUAUGGGUAGUUUUGUCAUUAAGGGACAUGCUUCCAGAUUUAAAUCAGUAUUUUUUGUUUAAAUUUUAAGACUGUUUGCCUGUGUCAGGAAUUGAGAGAAAAGUAACAAAUAUGACAAGGCUGAAAGUCUGGUGGUCAUGUAUGAAGCUGAAAGGGAAACUGGCUUUUAUUCUCUCAUAACCACAUGUUGACGAUACCAUCAGAAAUGUGGUGUCGAGAGUGAUUAUUAUAAACUGUAGUACUUGUAUUGCAAUCGACCUUUAAUUAAAGUAAGUAUAAACUGUAAUGAAGUUUAAAUAUAAAUGAAUUGAUAUAUUUAGGAAUUUAACAUCUUAAUGUAGCUAACAUUGAAAACAUAUUAUAUCUGUGAUAUAAUAUGUAUUUCUAAAGAUUAAGACCAAAGAGUAUAUUAAAUAUUAAUAAAAAUGGGGGUUCUCUGCACUAAGCAGUCAAAUAAAUUCUAAAUAAUAGAUUCUUUAAUUAGAACUUUCACACAAAGAUGUCAAUUUUAAUAGCAUGUAAAGCAUUAUAGAAAAUUUUAUUAAGAAUAUGUUACAUGUUUUUCAAUAUAAUAAUAUCGAGGCUUUAGUCCUUGAAAGUAGUAUGUGCCUUCUGUAUUUAUAUGUAAUUACUUCCUUCUGGCACUAAACCAUCAAUAUUAUUAUGAUAAUUAUAAUGACUGUAUUUCAACAAAGUUGGGGGGCAUGCCCAGUCUUCCCUGUGAGCCUCUGUAAGAUUUACAUAAUGUAUAUACAGUUACAAAAUUGAAAAUGUCAAGAAUGUAUACAAUGAGAAUGAGAAUCAGGUAUAUACAGCAAAAGACAUAAAUAAACAAUAACAUUUCAAAGACAUGACACAACAUGAUAAAUUUUUCUGAAAAUGAAUGAACAAUAAUAAAUACUAAAGACUUGUGGAACUGUAGCAGUUUGUUGCUCACCAGAGAACCACCAUUUUAGGUAGUUACUCUUCAACAAGUUUAGUUUUCAGAAUUUCAUAUAAUAUUUAUCAAAAGGUAGUGAGUUUCAAAGUUUAGAUCCUGAGUAAACCAAAGAUUUUCAGUAAAGUCAAGUCUUCGGUUUUUGAACUGUAAGAAGUUUUUGCACAUAUGAUCUCAAUGUUCUACUGGUAUCUCCAGUUUUUCCAUAUAAUCAGGAAGUAGAUUGUUUAGAGAUUAAUAAACUAAAAUGGUUGUUUUGUAAAUGACUCUGUCUGGAAAUUGCAGACAGUCUAAAAUGAGUUGGCAUAUCAAAAUAUCUAGAAUGAUUUGAGUUGCUUGUUUUUGAAAUUUGUACAGUCAUGUUAUUAAGAAGUUUAGAGUUUCAAUUUCCCAAAAUAAUGCAAUGUUAGUCCAAAUGAGAAAGGUAUGUAUGCAUGGAAAAACAUUUUUCAUGUAUGCACAUUUUUAAAAAAAAAAACUGUUUUAUUCUCAUAAGUAAAUUUAGUAGUUUUUUUCAAAUUAUAUAAAAUAGGGGAACUGGUUAACUUUUACUUUUCCAUAAGCCCAUGAGGAUUCGUUGCUUUAUGUAAUGAAAUAAAUGUGCAUACAUUUAUGUUUUCUAUUCCAGUUUCACUUUAUUAUUUAAUAAUUUUUUGAAAUGGUUUAGUCUGUUUCAUAUCACACAAACAUUUAAGAGAACUUUGAAAUAAGACCUAUAUCUGGAGGCAUGUCCCUUCUAAGACAUUGGGGGUAAUUUCUAGCUAUGAGAUUCAUUUAACGGUCACAUAAAUGUAAAGAUAAAAUGGUGCAUUGUUUUGCUGGCCUAAAUCUGGACAUUCAUAUAUUUCAUCACUCCUCGGGCUGCUAAAUGGCUUUUGGUCCUUAACCCUUACCAUGCUAAAUUUCUAUGUAGGAGGACCUGUUUCAGUGACCUUCUGAAAAUCUGCUGCCAUUUCCAAGUGCAGUAAUUUAGGCAACUAAUUAUAGUAGGGUUGUUAACAGUAACAUUUUAGCUUUUGAUAUGUUCAAAGAAAAUGUUGUGCUGACAAUGACAGUUUGGUGGCAUUGUUAUUUCCAUGGUAACCCCAAUUAUAAGACAUUUUUCUUAUUACUUUUUUAUGCUCUCAAAUUCUGAUCUAGCUCUUUAGUUAUAAGGAACAUUUUGAUUUAUUUUCUUUUUUUAUGCAAAUGUCAUCUUGUUUUCUGUCUGAUUUUUAUGCAGGUAGAACACUCCAACAAUUACUUUUAGGAAAUAUACAGCUUUGAAAUCCAUGAUUGGCUUAUAUAUCUUUUAACCUGGCAGAAAUUAUAGCCAAUCUGAAAAAUGAAAACUAACUUUCUCUUCUGAUACUGUUGACAUGAGGUGGCCAGCACUUCCAUAUUUUAUCAAAUGAGAUAACAGCAUCUUGUUGAAUAAUACAACACAGUAUGUUUGAAUAUUACCAACAGAUGUGCAUAUAAUACCAAGUCUUUGAAUCCCACCCCCUUAUAGUUUAUAGAAUUUUUAUGCCGCAUAACCAAUAUAACUGUUUUGCUCUGUACUUUUAUUAUGAACAAGGCCUAACAUUGUUUUUACUUGGUUUGUUGUUCAGUUUGUGUAAGUUAACAUUGACUAAAGGCCAAUUACUGGCUACCUUGACUAGUUUAGAAAUAAGGUCACUGAAACAGGUCCCACAGAAAAUCUGUAAGGCAGAUCAGGGUUGGUUGUGAUAAACAGUACCAAAUAUUUUUGCUGAAAGAUUUUCCACUCUAUUUUACAUCCUCUGAAUUGGGGAAAGGCUACAUUAUAGUAAUCCAUAAAUGACACUAGUUCUUCUCCAAGAAUUUAUCUAAUUCUGCCAGUGGUAUUCUUAGGGUCACUGAAACUGGUACAUCGAGGAUAUAAUUAAGUUGUCCAUCUUCCAAUUUGGACAGUACCAUUAACUGUUAAAAGGGGUGCUUACCAAAAAGAUACUGGCUGAAUAGCGAACAGUGCAGGUUAUGAUCAGACUGCACGGAUGUGCAGGCUGAACAUGAUCUGCACUGGUCGCAAAGGCAAAACCAGUCGUGUCCACAUGGUAAGGGUUAAACUGUCGGUGUAUACAUUUUCAUUAGAGGGUGAACAUAAUUCAGUUGUUGUAAAUUGGUGAUUAAGACACCAAGGAAUAAUUUGAGCCGCGCCAUGAGAAAACCAACAUAGUGGCUUUGCGACAAGCAUGGAACCAGACCAGCCUGCGUAUCCGCGCAGUCUGGUCAGGAUCCAUGCUGUUCGCUAACAGUUUCUAUAAUUGCAAUAGGCUUUGAAAGCGAACAGCAUGGUGGAUCCAAGCUGGUCGCAAACGCACUAUGUUGGUUUUCUCAUGGCACGACUCGUUUGUUAAUGCUCAAGGUAUUCCUUAUUAUUUUCAUUUUUCUCCAUUCUAUCAUGGGUAUAAAAUUCAGGUUUGAACUUUUCUUGUGGCAUUAACUUACUAUUGUAUAUUAGAUGGAAUAUUUUAUUCAGGUAACUUGAUGAUUGAAUUUUCUUCUUUCUUUUUUUUUUUUUUUUUUUUUUUUGCUUUUGUUUCCCAUUACUUUCUGCACAUCAGAACAGAAGUUUGCUUUAAAAAAACAUUGUCCUUGUCAAUUUGUACAAUUGAUAUUUAUUUCUAUGAUAUUCAGGAAGAAUAUUCUUCUUAUCCUGUGUAACUUACUUUUACAGCAUACGAAGUAACAUAAUUAGAGACUGUCACUAUUUUUGUCUGAUGAUUUGUCACAUGUUUUCGCAACUUCACAUGUAGUUGAAUAGCAAUAAUUAUAGAUAGAUUUAAUUCAGCAAUAUAGAUGCUUUUUGUUUUGUUCAGUUGAAAGUAACUACUGAUCUGUUUCAUGAACGACCUUUAGGACAUGGAAGAUAAUCAUCCAAAUUUUUCUGAAAAUGUGGUGGGGAUGGGGAAAUUUUUCAUUAUUUAUUUCUGAUAAUUGGUAGUUCUGUAUUCUGUAUGAAAACAGUUGUAGUAUCGUCACAAUAAUCGUGUAUGAAAACAGAAAAUAUGACGGGUGAAAAUUAAAAAGCAAAAUAUACUGUACAGUUUGUAUCAUUUAUAUAAAAGGAUAAUAAAACAGAAAAAAAGAUUUAAUUGAAAUACAAGUAUUACUUUUACAAUAUUUCUAAAAGAAAACAAAUAGGUGUAAGACGUGGAUGAAAAUUAAGAAAAUAAGUUAAAAUGGCCUUAAUGUUUGCUUAUGCAAAAAGUCAUUUUGUAUUUGCUGAUAGGCUGUUACUUUUUUAGUUUUAUAAUACUUGACAAUUAUUGCUGUCAUGUUCUACAAAAUGUAAUUGUCAACAUUUUAUGCUAUUUUCACUCUACAAAUUAUGUACUUACACAGUAUAUGUAUAAUUAUACUGUCUAUGAAAAUGAAUGUACUAACUUUAUUAAUUUGAACGAGGCCUCCGUGGCCAAGUGGUUAAGGUCACUGACUUAAAAUCACUGGGUUUAAAACCUUGCUUUUGGUGUUGAAUUCUUUCAUGGUAGGAAGCCACCCAGCUGAUUUGCAGAAAGUGGGUGGUUCUACCCAGGUGCUCGCCCUCUGUAGUCGGGUAGUUAAGGUCACUGACUUUAAAAUACUGAGUUUUGAAAUGUGUCACUGUAUUUCAAGAUUACCCGGCUGUACAUAUUCCAAAGUAACUGUGGAAAAAUUGCAGACAAAUGCAAAACUUCCAUGGAAAGUAGGUACUUUCCAUGGAAUAGUCCGGAAAAGUCACCUGUUAUAUAACAUGUCCAGAGUGAUUGCAAAUGUUUUCCAUGGACAUCUCUGGAAAUUACUCUGGACAUCUAUCAAAAUGUUCAUGGAAUAUUCACCGACACUGCGGAAAUGUAGCACUUUGAAAAAAUUCUGGUCAUUUAACUCUGGAAAAUAACUCUGUCAUUUUCUAAGGGAUUUUAAACACAUCAUGAAACAAUUAGCAUCAGACUGGGAAUACCAUGUGAUCAAGCUCAGCCAAUUAGAUGAACUCAUCUUACAGAGGAAUUUUCAAAAUGUGUAACUGGAAGUCUGAUGAUAACAAGUUGUGUAAAAAUUAGUGAAACUUUAUUAUGUGCGGUAAUUCAGUUCAAAGUUAAUAUUGAGGAUUCUAGAAAUUGCUCAAGUAAGUUUGUUUACAUAACUGACCAAUGAAACAGUACAUAAUGUUUGUAACUAUGCUAAUUAACACAUGUAUGUAUAUUUGUACAUCAGUCAUUCUAUAGCAUAAAACAAUGAAUGCUAGAGUAUAACCAAAGGCUUCACAAAGAUUUUAUAAAUAAUAUGCAUAUAUGAAAACAGAUAUGUUUAGGUACUUUCUUUGAAUGAUUUCAUCAUUAUUUAAAUGUAACUAAUCUUUGUUCGAAACUACAUGUAUGUAUAUGCUUAAAAAAUUCUGAUCAGUCACUUUAAACUGGUAAAGAUUCAUUUUCCUUGUUCAUAUAGUGUCUGAAACUGCAAAAGUGAUCACAUGCAACAAAAUCAUAUUGCUUGUACUGAAGUGUUAUAAUUAUUGCUCACUAUACAUGUACUGCAAAAAAGUCUAUAAAUCACAUUUAUUGCUAUUGAAUAAUACUGUCAGCAGAACUUCCUGGAUGACUGCGGAAUAACUCCGGAAAAUUGUUCAUGGACGUCCGUGAAAUCACUCCGGAAAAUUGUCCAUAGAAAGUUCUCCAGAAAUCCCUGGACAUUUUUCCGCAGUAUUCCAUAUCAAGCUCCGGAAAGUUUGUCCGAAUACUCCAGAGUCCAGACUUCCACGGAAAUUCAAAGACAUUCCAUGGAAACUUCUGGAAUUUUGACAGCCGGGUAAUAUUUGUAAUUAUCUCACUUCAUACUUUUGUUAUGUAUUCUGUUACAACAUGUUAUUCUUAAGUAUAAAAUAUCUGUGCAAUGUUUUCUAACAUGAAGGUGCUUUAUUUAAUACAUGUUGUACAUAUAGCUCUAAUAAUUUUAUUCAGCUGAGAAAUGCUCUAAUCAGUCAGUUUUAACAAGAGUUGAGUUUUUUUCGUUGUUUUUUUUUUUGUUGCUUGCUUUAAGUUUUGUUUAACCUUUACCCUGGUAAAUUUCUAAAAUGGACUGGUCCAUCAUUCAGUUUGGGCAGUACCAUUUAUUAUUAGAAGGGUUGUUCACUGAAAAUUUACUGCCAGAAAAGCGAACAAUGCAGACCAUUCAUGCAGGCUGAUGGUCGCAAAGGCAGAAUUACUUGCCACCAGCAGGCUAAAGGUUAAGAUAAAACAGUAGUUCUAUUGAAAAAUUCUUUUUCUUGUGAUUGUGUUUGUGAUAUUACCGGUAUGUACUUUCUUUAUUAGCUUUUUAAAAAGAAAAAAUGUCCCUAUGAAUAAGAUGCUAUGAAUGUAACAUGCAUUGUUCUUUCAUUUGAUAAAGAUUUUUACAUUUAAUUAAUUUUGUUUCAUAAAAUGUUUGAUUUUUUACUACCUUACAUCAUUUUAGUGAUAUUUACCGGUAGUCCCAUGGAAAUUUUUACAUGCCUCAUUUGGUCAGAUGUGAGCCAAGCCAUAUGUGCUGAAAAAAAAGGAAACUAUUCCAUUAUUUUUUAAAUGAUCUUUGAAUUCCAUGACAUUUUUUUAACUUCAGUAAGAAUAACAGAGCAUUUGAAAAACAGCCUGCAACAUGACAGAAAUACAGGGUUAGUUUUAACUGCUUUUUGUAGAGGUUGAGAUUUUAAUCUUAAACAUGUAGGUAUAGAAUCAAAGGUGUGUCAGUGCUCUGUCUUUCUCUCCAGAUGGUAAAGUGCAGUAGACAAAAUUUAGCUGCACGCAUGCAAACUUUACUUGUAAAGUGUUUAAAACUUGUUAGUUUCAGAUGAAUGUCAGAUCAAAGGAUGGAUUGUGUCUGCCUUGGUCAAAAAUAAGCAGGGAUUAUUUUGUCCAAGAGGAUUUGUCUGUAUUCUGUAGCACAUAAUUUGAAUACUUUUCAGCAGACCUAUUCUGCUAUAUAGAGUAGAACAUUUUUUUAAAAGAUUUUUUGAAAGAUUAAGUAUUCAUAACUGUUAAAAAAAUCACACGAAAGUAAUUCUAGAUGUAUGUUGUGUUGUUUACCUGACUUUGCUAGCCUUUGUUAGACAUAAACUCACAACAUGUGCAAUAAUAAAGGUUUCUGUGUAUUAGUAUAAUACUUGAUAUAUAUAUAUAUUAGUUCCAAAUGUUUAGUUUAACAAAGAAGGAUCAUGUUCCCUAUUUAAUUACAAAUACAGAUGAAAUAUGGUACAUGUUACAGCUACGCAAAUUUACCAUUAUGUUUUCAUAGCUAAAGGUGCUGAUUCAGUUGUGUUCAAUAAAUGAGCCGCGCCAUGAGAAAACCAACAUAGUGGCUUUGAGACCAGCAUGAAUCCAGACCAGCCUGUGCAUCCGCGCAUCUGGUCAGGAUCCAUGCUGUUCGCUUUCAAAGUCUAUUGCAGUUAGAGAAACUGUUAGCGAACAGCAUGGAUCCUGACCAGACUGCGCGGAUGCGCAGGCUGGUCUGGAUCCAUGCUGGUCGCAAAGCCACUAUGUUGGUUUUCUCAUGGCACGGCUCAAAUGGUACUAGACUUACAGAAUUUAACCCUUAUCCUGCUAAAUUUCUAUAAUGAACUGAUCAUGAUCUACACUGUUCGCAAAGGCAGAAUCAAUCGUGCCCAGCAUGGUAAGGGUUAAAUGAAGUGGUAUAAGUGGGGAAACUUGUGUUUUUGUCAAAAGAAAUCUCUAGUUUAAAAUUUAUGCAAUAUUAAUCUACUAUAAAAGUAGGUUUCUGUAAAUAGUUAUGAUAUAUCUUUAUUCUGUAAAUAUGAUUUUUUUUUUUAUAUCUAUAGUGCCAUAGAGGAAUAGACUGCUUUUAGAAUGUGCUUAUAACUGAUUAAUGUUUCAUGCCACAGGUUGGCUAGAGUUGUCUGAUUUAUCAUGUACAUAUUACUUUCAAAAGAUUUCAAUGCAAAUGGCAAAGGUUUCUACAAUUAUGCAUAUCCAUUUUCAUAUUAGGUACAGCUUUAAACUUAAAUGUAACAUACUGAUAGAAAUAUUGUAAAGGUCCCACCUAGAUCAUACAUAUAAAUUAAAAUGCAGCUUUUGGUUGUAAUUUUAUCCAUUAUUGUUGGCUAGAGCUGUCUGACUUAUCAUGUACAAGGGGCAUUCAAAAGGUUUCAAUACAGAUUCCAAAGUUUUCUACAAACAUGCAUAUCCAUUUUCAAACAGCUUUAAGCUUAUAACAUAAUUGUAGAAAUUUUGUCAAGUCCCAACUGAGAUCAUACAUACAAACUAAAAUAAAACUUUUAGUAAAAGUAUUAUCCAUUUUUCACAUUAUUUUGCAUGAUUUAUCAAAAUGCAUGUAUCACAUAUUAAAUGGAUAAGCAUUCUAGUAAAAAGCUUUCAUGUGAGAAACUGAUUUGAUUCCCCUUGCAUCCAUUGUUAAAAGGAUUUCAGUUAAUGUUUGUGUCUUUUAAGAUUUCAGUGAGUUUUUAAAUUAAAUAUGAUCAGAAGUGAGAUGGUGCUAUGUUCCUCUAAGAAAGCAGACUUAAUAGGAAAUAGGAAUGCUGUGUUCAUCUCUUAAAGAAUGUUUAUUGAGGGAUAAAUUUAGUUCCCUUUUUAUAGGCAUGUAAAGACAAAUUCUCAUAAAUCAUACAUAGAAAAACUUUUUUGUAGAAUUUGUUAUUUAUAAUUUAUAUAACACACAAUGCUCACCAGUAGUUUUGACUACACGAAUACACUCUCAACAUGCUUAUUUUUAUUGAAAGUGAUAUCUGCCUUUUGUUUGAUAUUUAUGUAACUUUAAUAUGUCCCUUGAAUGUGCUCUUCUAAUCCAAAGGCUGUAUCAUGAAGUGCUGACUUUUUUCAGCAUUCUGAGUCUGAUAUUAGACAGAGAUGACUAUCUUUUCAGUUGCUUUAAAUUGAUGAAAGUUUGCAUGGAAAAAAUACCCCAUGGGCAGAGGAUUUUUUAUAAAGUCUUUGUUGUUAAAUCUUCUAUUUUGAUCAACCUAAUCUGUGACAGGAUUGUGGACUUAUUGUGCAAGAUCCAGAUAUUAACUAUACUGUAAACAUAUGCGAGGAUAGAGUAGGAUCUUUUUGAUGUUUUGAAAUAAGUAAUGUCAGAAUGGAUUUGAUUCAAACUUAGAUAGAGAUGUUCCACAUCAUCACCUGUCACCUAUAUCAUAUGACACAUGGUCCAUAACUCUGUCACUAAUAUUUCAUGAAUUAUGCCCGCUUUCUACUUAGAAUUUUUCAACCUCCGCGCAGGAAUAUUGUCAAUCAUGUACCGAUAAGGGGAAGUAACACUGUGUUGGAGUUUGAGAAUUUUUAGCAAAUUUUGAUGUUCUUUCACUAUAUACCAGUUAUUUCUGAAUGGAUUUGAUUCAAACGUAAAAUAGUUGUUCUGCAUCAUAUGACAUGAAGUCAAUAACUCCAGCUGAUAUAUUUCAUGAGUUAUGCCCCAUUCUUACUUAGAAUUUCAGGUUAAAGUUGUGAUGCACCAUCACUUUAUCUAGGUUAUUACUUAAUGGGAAAAAGUUGUUCCACAUCAUCACAGACAUCAAAUGACACAAGGUACAUUAUUCUUGCAGAAAUGUUCCAUGAAUUAUGUCCCUUUUGUACUUAGAAUUUUAGUUACUUUUUUUAUACAUUUUCGCUCUAUCUCUGUUAUUGCUCAAAUUACUUAGAUUUGACUCGUGUAACAACAACAUCCACAUCUGUGGCCUUAAUUACUCCAGUGGUAAUUCUUUUUUCCGCAGAUAUGCCCUUUUUCAUUAUCAAGCAUUGAAAUGGUCGAGGCCGAGCCCGCUGUCUCCUCUGACUGCUCUUGCUUGGCGAUGAAUUCAAAACUUACCAAGAUAUUUUGAAGAUUUGAAAGGAUCCUGUUACCACUCUCAUAGUUCUUUUGAAUGAUUUAUAAUAUCAGUGUUAAUGUUUUAUAUAGAAAGAGGUCAGGGAAAACCUUUGCAACGGAAAAUGUGUAUCAGACAGUAAGUCGUAAAAUAUUGAUGAAUACUCGCCAAAUUGUGAUUGUAUUUGUCCGGCAAGCCUUUUUUUCUAGUCAUUUUUACUUCAUGUUUGUGAAACUAUUUCUUAAUAUGUUUUUAUGUAUCUUUCUUUUUACACAUCAGUGAUCUAUGAGGUUAUAUAUCGUUGUAAGGGGCCUCCAUGGCCGAGAGGUCAAGGUUGCUGACUUCAAAUGAGCCGCGCCAUGAGAAAACCAACAUAGUGGGUUUGCGACCAGCAUGGAUCCAGACCAGCCUGCGCAUCCGCGCAGACUGGUCAGGAUCCAUGCUGUUCGCUUUCAAAGCCUAUUGCAAUUAGAGAAACCGUUAGCGAACAGCAUGGAUCCUGACCAGACUGCGCGGAUGUGCAGGCUGGUCUGGAUCCAUGCUGGUCGCAAAGCCACAAUGUUGAUUUUCUCAUGGCACGGAUCAAAUUACUUGCCACUCACUGCUGUGGGUUCGAAAUCUUGCUUUAGAUGUAGAAUUCUUUCAUAUAAGGAAGCCAUCCGGCUGGUAUAUGGACGGUCGGAGAUUCUACCCAGGUACCUGCUCAUGCCUGAAAUAAUUGUUUUCCUCCACCAUCAAAAGCUGGACACCACUAUAACAUAGUAGUCUUGAGUUUAAAUUUGAUAUGAUUCUGUUACCAUAUUAUCAAAAUUUCCAAUUUAUGAACUUGCAUAAUAAGGAGGAAUUGUGACUUAAAUCAAAAAGCUAUUUCUUUGCUUAAAUCAAACUGUAUGUAUUAUAUGCACCAGGUGAGCGUAUCAGUCCGUAAAGGCCUCUUGUUUCACAUGUGCAAUUUAAUACUUCCUUGUUUUUGAUGUUGUCAGAAUGAUAUGUUUUAAA